AUGUCGCAAGCCGCUACUGUCUCAUCAAACAACCUGCCUUAUGCUGACCUGCCCCCCAUCGUGGCGGCGCUGUUCGAGGCUAAAGCGAAGAAAGGGUUGUCCUUUGAAGAUAUUUCUAAGGCAAUCGGAAGAGAUGAGGUCUGGGUAGCUGCAGCUUUCUAUGGACAGGCCAAAUUCUCUCCCGAGGAGCUCGAAGCUGUUGCGAAGGUCCUGGACCUUUCCGCAGUCAGCGUCCAGAGUGAGCUUGGUUCCCACUGGUGGCCUAACCGUGGUGGCCUUGGGCCUAUGCCCCCCACCGAUCCCGUCCUAUACCGUCUAUACGAGAGUGUGCUCGUGUAUGGUCAUGCCAUCAAGGCUGUCGUUCACGAGAAGUUCGGCGACGGUAUUAUGUCCAUGAUCGACUGCAAAGUUAACGUCACGAGGAAGCCUGACCCGAAGGGUGACCGUGUUGUUUUGACUUUCGAUGGCAAGUUCCUGUCCUACUCAAAGUGGUAA